CCUUACGCGGAGUCCGAACCGGAGGUGAAAGCCAUUGUGGAUUUUGUACGGCAACAUGGCAACAUCAAGGCUUUCGUCUCCAUCCACAGCUACUCCCAGCUUCUCCUCUAUCCUUACGGUUACACCAAGGAGAAAGCCGCCGACCACCUGGAGCUGGACGCCCUGGCGAAGAAGGCCGUGGCCGCGCUGGAAUCAGUCCACGGAACCAAGUACAGAUACGGCAGCAUCAUCACCACCAUCUACCAAGCAAGCGGAGGCACCGUUGACUGGACCUACGACCAGGGCAUUAAGUAUUCCUACACCUUUGAGCUGAGAGACAAGGGCAGACACGGGUUCCUGCUCCCGGCGAACCAGAUCAUUCCCACGGCAGAGGAGACCUGGCGCGCCCUGAUGGUCAUCAUGGAGCACACGCGGGACCACCCUUACUAA